AUGAGAUCAACACAAAUACUUCAUCCACUUGAUGACAAUGCUUCUGACACUGUCAUAAGAGCCAGAAAAGAGUUGUGGAAAAAUAUUAAGAAUAAACUAAAUGAUUUGAAAGAGGGAGAAGACGUAACAUUUGAUCAACUUAUGAAAGAACUAGAUGUUUCAGAAUAUCAAUAUAUUCUUGCAAUUCGAUCAUCACUAAAUUGUCCAACAAUAUUUCUAAAAAGAAGUCCCAAUGAAUUAAGGAUUAAUAAUUAUAAUCCUGCUUGCCUCCAAGCAUGGAGAGCUAACAUGGACAUUCAAUUUGUGCUGGAUGUAUAUGCCUGUGCAAUGUACAUUGUUUCCUAUAUUUCUAAGGCUCAAAAAGGUAUGAGUGACUUGUUACGUAACGCAUGUGCUGAAGCUAAAGAAGGUAAUUUCACCAUCAAACAACAGGUUCGUGACAUUGGCAACAAGUUUUUAAACUCUGUUGAAAUAAGUGCACAAGAAGCAGUGUACAUCAUUCUGCAACUUCCCAUGAGAAAAUCUUCUCGAAAUGUUGUAUUCAUUAACACAUCUCCUCCAAGUGAUCGCGUUGAACUAUUGAAACCUCUCAGUGAGAUUGAGAAGAUGUCAAACGAAUCUGAAGAAAUUCACUCUGGUGGACUUCUGAAACGAUAUGUAGAACGACCAGACAGUUUAAAAAAUAUUACAUUAGCUGACUGGGCAGCAUGGUACGACUCAUCUGGGCUGAGCAAGUAUAAGAAAUCUGUUAAAAAAUCAGAUAUUGACAACCUUCCUUUGGAAGAUGAAGAUGAAAAUAAUGAUGAUGACCUAGGUGUUCAAAACACUGAAAGUUGUGUUUCAUCUAAAAAGUCGGUCAAAAAAAGAUCACAUGCAAGAAUUAUCCGCAGUGUUUGGUUUAACAAAGAAUCUCAACCAGAAAAACAUUAUCGUGAGUUGAUCAUGCUUUUCACUCCAUGGCGAAAUGAACAGGCCGAUUUAAUGGGAGCUUACUCUUCCUUUCAAGAACAUUACGAAGCUCGUUGUGAUGAGAUCAGUGAACAAAUGGAACAAUACGCGGUUUGUAGUGAAGACUUAAAUGAAAUUCAACAUCACUUACAAGAAUGUGAUGAUGAUGCGUAUGACACAAUAGCACCAGUUACACAAGACAAUGAACGUCGGGAUGAGCACGAAGGUAAUACAGAUACACAUCCAGAUUUAAAUGAAACGUAUGAUGUCUCUGAAGACUUGGGUAUCCCAUCAAGGUCACCUAAUAAUGAACCACUUAUUUUAAAUGAAACGGAAGAUGAUGAAUACCGACGUUUGGUUCAAAUGCUAAACAAGAAACACAGGGAAUUUUUUUAUCAUGCUUUACAUUUAAUGAAGAUAUCUGAUAAUCCAUUUUAUGCCUUUUUAAGUGGAAGUGGAGGGGUUGGUAAAUCACACUUAAUUAAGUCAAUUUAUCAGGCUGCUUUAAAGCACUAUAACAAACGAGCUGGCGAAGACUUUCGUCGCGUCCAAGUAUUAUUGCUCGCUCCAACAGGAAAAGCAGCUUAUCUAAUUAAAGGAAACACAAUCCAUAGUGCCUUAUCAAUUCCAGCGAGCCAGUCGCUUAAAAUUUAUAAACCACUGGACUCUGGUAGGUUGAACACUUUACGGUGUGAGCUGGGUGCAUUAAAGUUGAUAUUACUUGAUGAAAUAUCAAUGGUUGGAAACAGUAUGUUUACAAUACAGUUAAAUAACCGUUUAAAAGAUUUAAAAGGAAGCAAAGACGACUUUGGUGGUGUUAGCAUCAUCACAAUCGGUGACUUAUUUCAACUUAAACCUGUCAUGGAUGGCUACAUUUUCACUGAUCUCCAGUCUUUAAACUAUUAUAGUGUUCUUGCUCCAAAUUUAUGGAAAAAAUAUUUUAGAAUGUUUGAACUUGAUGAGAUCAUGCGACAAAGAGAAAGUAAGAUGUUUGCUGAAAUCUUAAACAGGUUACGAGAAGGUAAACAUACAACUGCUGAUCUUCAAAAGCUGAAGGAAAGAUGCGUUCAGGAAUCGAAUUGUCCUCAAGAAGCUCCACGCUUGUUUAUUCAAAAUGCUUUAGUAGACAAAUAUAAUGAACAAGUAUAUGAAUCAUUUACUGAUAAUAGAUAUACAAUUAAAGCUCAAGAUAGUGUUAUUGGAGCAGCUUCAGCUGAACUUAAGGAAAAAAUAAUGAGGCAAAUACCUUAUGUUCCGUUAAGAAAUUCUAAACAGUUAGCUCACAAGUUAAAACUUGCUGUUGGGCAACGUACAGAAGUUGCAACAAAUGUGCGAACUGAUGAUGGUCUUACAAAUGGGGCGAGUAACAUUAUCAAGUUGAUACAGCUCACUGAUGUGAAUAAACCUUCGGGUCUUAUCUGGGUCCAAUUUGAUUAUGAAGAUGUUGGUAGAAAAACUCGUCAAGAAAACAGAACGCUUUAUGUCAGAGGAAUUCAAAGCACAUGGACACCAAUUAAACCUGUCACAACCCAAUUUCCAGUCGGUAGAACGAAAUCUGCUCAAGUUGUUAGAAAACAGUUCCCAUUGCGACCAGCAUCAGCAAAAACUGUUCAUAGAUCACAAGGUGAUACUCAAACACAGAUUGUUGUAAACCUAAACAGCAACAGAGCUUUUCCUCACAUUCAUUAUGUUGCUUUAAGUCGAGUUACAACAAUAGAAGGAUUAUACAUAACUGACCUAUGUGAAGACAAGAUAUCUGUUGAUCAAAGAGUUGUCAAGGAAAUGGAAAUCUUAAGAACCGAACAAAGUUUGAAUCUUUGUUUCAAACCACUUUAUAUGUUGGAUCAAUCUGAUUUGAAAGUUUGUUACCUCAAUGCAAGAUCUCUGCAUAAACACAUUGAAGAUGUUCGAAGAGACAUUAAUUACUCGUCUAUGGAUAUUAUGAUAUUUACUGAAACAAGAUUUAACUCCUCAGACACUGACGAUAUAUACAACAUUGAUGGCUACAGGUUGUUCAGAAAUGAUGUUUCCCAAGGUACGGGUCCAGAACGUCCAUACGGUGGAACAGCUGUUUAUAGCCGAGUCCCUUUAAAAGAAGGAUACCCUUAUGCUCACAACGUCAAUGGAAUCGAGUUUACAAUUAUUAAAACAGAAAGUAAUCCGCAUCUGAAUAUAAUUGCAGUAUAUCGCUCACCCAAUAUUGCUAUAUCACGUCUACUGUCUUCACUACGUAGCGUACUUGAUGAAGAUUCUUCUGCACAAAACAUUAUAAUUGGAGAUUUCAAUGUCAACUGGAUGGUAGAAUCUGAUCGACAGUCACUCUACAAUUUGAUGGUUGUACAAAAUCAUUACAGGCAACUGAUAACAGGCUUUACAACCGACAACAGAACGUUAAUUGAUCAUUUAUACACAAAUUUAAUUGAAGAGGAAAUUGAAGCUGGUAUUCUAGAAACUUACUUUAGUGAUCAUAAAGCAAUAUGGGCUUCUCUUAGGACAUAG